AUGCUAUCAGGAUGGCUGACCCAUGGUAAAUUGGCUUGUCCAGUUUGCAUGGAAGAUACAAAGUCUUUUUAUCUGCCUAAUGGAAGGAAGACCUGUUGGUUUGAUUGUCACCGAAGAUUUCUUCCCCAUGAUCACCCACUGAGGAAGAAUAGGAAGGACUUCUUGAAGGGGAAAAAUGCCUUAAAGGAAUUUCCACCUGAUUCUUUGACAGGUGAACAAGUGUAUUCUGAGCGGUUAGCCGGUGUCAUGCCACCAAAAACGUCCACUUGCGGUGGAAACGGUCAUGAAAAAAAGAAGCCUGGUUAUGGGAAGUAUCAUAACUGGCACAAAGAAAGCAUAUUUUGGGAGCUGCCAUACUGGAGGGACCUAAUUCUCCGACAUAAUCUUGAUGUGAUGCAUAUAGAAAAAUACUUUUUCGACAACAUCAUGAAUAGGUUUAUGAAUGUGAAGGGGAAAUCCAAAGACACAAUCAAUUCAAGAUUGGAUUUGGCACUAUUCUGUAAUCGGCCACACUUACAUGUUAAUGGUGCUGGUCAAGCUCCAUUUCCAUCCUACACACUGGACGAAGACGAAAAAAAAAGUUUAUUGGAAUGUGUGAAACACGCAGUUAAAUUCCCAGACGGAUAUGCUGCAGACUUAGCUAGUUGUGCUGAUAUAGCGAACAACAAAUUUUCUGGCAUGAAGAGUCAUGACUGCCAUGUUUUUAUGGAGCGACUACUUCCAUUUAUCUUUUCGGAACUCCUAGACGAGAAUGUCCAUCGUGCGUUAUCAGCGGUUGGAGUGUUUUUCCGUGACCUUUGCUCGAGAACUCUGCAUAAAAAUCGUGUCCAAGUUCUUAAACAGAAUAUUGUUCUGAUCAUCUGCAACUUGGAGAAGAUCUUUCCACCGUCAUUUUUCGACGUCAUGCAACACCUGCCUAUACAUCUCCCUUACGAAGCUGAACUAGGAGGACCUGUGCAAUAUAGGUGGAUGUAUGUUCAUGAGAGGAAUUUCAAAAAAUUGAAAGCGAAAGCCAAAAAUAAAAGAUAUGCUGCCGGGUCGAUUGUUGAAGCAUAUAUCAAAGAAGAAAUAGCUUACUUUUCGGAGCACUUCUUUGCGGAUCAUAUACAAACCAAAUCAAGGUUAACAAGAUUUGAGGAAGGUGAAGUCCCCAUAUAUCAUGUUGCUGGAGUACCUGAUAUAUUUACACAUGUAGGUCGUCCUAGUGGGGAGAUGAAAGAAAUAUGGCUUUCAGAGAAAGACUACACGUGCGCACAUGCAUAUGUGCUACGUAAUUGUGAUUAUUUUCAGCCAUUUGAGAGGAUGUUUGAAGAUUUCUUAACUGUCAAAUACCCUGACCUCUCGGACAAAGAAAUCUCUGUGAAAAGAGCUACUGAAUAUCAUUUAUGGGUGAAAGAUUAUGUUAGAUAUUGGAGGAACACACAUCGUUUUCCUUCAUGGGUUGAAGAUAUUGCGAAUGGACCCAUUAAUAAGGCGAAAACAUGGCCCAUCUACUUCACAAGAGGCUUUUUGUUUCAUACGCAGAAGCAUGGCGAGGGACGAAAGACUUGUAACUAUGGUGUAUGUGUAAAAGGAGAAAGUUACACAAAUGCAUCCGAUGAAGCUGAUUACUACGGGAUCUUGACUGAUAUCAUAGAGAUUGAGUAUGAGGGGUCGGUCAGUUUGAAAAUCACACUUUUUAAGUGUAAGUGGUAUGAUCCGGUAAUUGGCAGAGGCCUUCGGCGGAGCAAUGGUGGGAUCGUCGACGUUCUUUCGUCGAGGCAAUAUUAUAAAUAUGAACCAUUUAUUCUAGCAUCUCAAGCAGGUCAAGUUUGUUAUAUCCCGUAUUCCGAUGAAGAAGAUUGAGAAAUACCCUAUUAAAGAAUAAUAUAAUUUUGUAGUAUAAUUUUGUAAGCUUUGUUUCAAUAAUUUUGUAAUAUAGUUUUGUAAAUUUUGUAUUAAAGUGUGUUGUGAUAUAAUUAUGUAAAUUUGUUUUAAUGUGUCUCAAAA